UGUGUGUGUGUGCUGCACGGCUCCGCUCUGCUCUUUACGCGAUGGUGCUGUGGAUGAGCGGCUGCAUGGGGACGGAGUUUCUGUAAACACUCGGGAGGAAAGUUAGUGUUUGUAACUUCCAAGGCCUGUUGAAGCUGUGAGAUCUGUACUGUUUAAGAGAGAGUGAGGCAGCAGGAUGAAGUCCAAAGGGAAGGCUGUGAAACCAUCCAGGAGGACCUGGUCUGACCCCGAGCCCGAACUUGAACCUGACACAGAGCCAGGCUCCAGUGAGCAGGAAGGCUCGGAGGCCUCGGUGCGGAUCGGCGGCUCCUGGAGGGGGUCGCUGAGGGACAGGGCAGGCAAGCGCCAAGGAGGAAAGGGUGGAGGCCGGCGACGUAGGCAACAUGGCUCCAGCAAAAAGGAACGCAGCGUCAGGCGGCUAGAGAGCAAUGAGCGGGAACGCCAGCGGAUGCACAAGCUCAACAACGCCUUCCAAGCAUUGCGCGAGGCCAUCCCUCACGUCAAGACUGACAAGAAGCUGUCCAAGAUCGAGACACUGACCCUGGCAAAGAAUUACAUAAAAUCCUUAACCACCAUCAUCCUGGACAUGUCAGGGGCCUGCCUGCCUGCUGAUGGGGACCCUUCAGAGUCCAGCGCUGCCAAGCUGCUCCAAUGCUACCAGCAGCACCUGGAGGAGGAUGGGGAGGAUGAUCUUACCCAGUACCUCACCCACGUGCACAACUUCAGCAAGCGCAGCUAACAGUGGCUGCAAUGUGGUUUUGAGACCAGGAGAGCCACCAGGAAGCUGUCACAGAGGCCUGGGUAGACUUUUAGGGCCAAAUCUCAAACUAUAUCCAGUUCUUACAUGCGCAUCACUCUGGGAUCUGGUCAAGUGUUGUUCACUGUAGGAACCCGGUGCUGUGGCAGAUCGUAGACCUCUGUCAAUAAACCCAUGCUUGACCAAAGCAAGAGGUGGGCUGUGUAGAACUUGCCCUUCAUACAAAAUAUGGAAGGAUUUGAGGACCAUUCACCUUGCAGACACAAAGACUGCAGACUGUGAAACCCAGACAGAUCAUGGUUAUGAAGAGUGAAAUGUGUUAUUGUGCUCAGAAAAGAAGGGCUAAUCUUUUGCCAUUGUCUCUUAUUUCUCGUCUUCUUUGAUAUGAGCCUGAGCAGGAACUCUCUUUUGUUUAAUCUUGUGAUCUUCUUGUGUGUUUUCUGUUGAGAAACCUGCUCAUUGUAGCCUCGAGUCAUAACUGUCACAUUCAGGAAAAAAAAGAAAUGCAAGCAGCGGGUAAAAACAUUUAAAUGUUGGAGCUAGAAAGUGUGUUUGCUUAUUUGCUGAUGAGGACAGUCUACCGGCAAGUUGACAGUUGAUUUACUUGUCUUCUUAAAGGUUGUGUGCCCAUAGCUUGGAGUCCCAGAUGAUUUAAAGUGCGUGUUAUUUGACUUUUUGUGUGUUGCGGCAGGACGCUGUAGUGAAAAAGAGGAGAAGAGAAACUAUUUCAAGAGUUAUUAUCAAUAAACACAUUUAUUUAUU